UCUCUCUCUCUCUGUCUGCUUCCCUGUUCCUGCACACCUACCUCACAUGCUGUGUAUGUGUGUGUGUCCUGUCCAGACAGGGCUUCGCUUGCACAGCUUCCCUACUCGCUCCUUCUCCUGACAGCAAUAAAGGGGGAGGGGGCUGGGGAGAAGCUUGAAACAACUGAGACCCACAGAGAGAGAAAAUAGAAGCAACAAGAGACAUUGGCGGAGCUUGUGUUUUCCUGGAGUCAGUUGGUGUCCGCUGAUUUUUUUUUGUUAAAUUACUGUAUUUGGGGAGGUGUGUGUGUGUCUGUGUGAGCUUUCUCAUCCUGGAUGCAGUUGCUGGAUCCUGCAGAGCGAGUCUUCAUGAACGAUCCGCACCAAUUAGAGAUUGCAAGGCAUUCCCGGGUCACCAGUCUGCCACUAUGGUUAAAUGUCUUGUUUAAUGGUUGAGAGGUGUGGAGCUACCUCAUUUGACAGUCCUGAUCAGAAUGCCCUAUGUGUUCGCAUGCUAGGAAAUGCACGAGUGAGAGGGCAAGCAGGGCUUCUUUCUGAGCGCCGAGGGUCAUACCCAGUCAUUGAUUUUCGCCUUCUGAAUACAACUGCACAUUCAGGUGAAAUCGGCACAAGGAAAAGGGUGAAAAGACUUUUGAGCUUUCAGAGGUAUUUCCACGCUUCUCGACUGCUACGUGGCAUUGUACCACAGACAUGUCUGCAUUUAUUGGAUGAGGACUACCUUGGGCAAGCCAGACACAUGCUAUCAAAAGUUGGGAGGUGGAAUUUUGACAUUUUCUUGUUUGACCGUCUAACGAAUGGGAACAGUCUUGUCACCCUGUUAUGUCACCUGUUUAAUCUCCAUGGUCUCAUUCAUCACUUCCAGUUGGAUAUGGUGAAAUUGCACAGAUUUUUAGUCAUGAUUCAAGAGGAUUAUCACAGCCAAAACCCAUAUCAUAAUGCUGUUCAUGCUGCUGAUGUGACUCAGGCAAUGCACUGCUAUCUAAAAGAACCAAAGCUCGCCCGGUUUUUGACACCACUUGACAUCAUGCUUGGUUUGACAGCAGCUGCAGCGCAUGAUGUUGAUCAUCCAGGAGUCAACCAACCUUUUCUCAUCAAAACCAAACACCAUCUAGCCAGUUUAUACCAGAAUAUCUCUGUACUGGAGAAUCACCACUGGAGAUCGACAGUUGGGAUGCUCCGAGAAUCAGGUCUGCUGGCUCAUUUGCCCGUGGAUAUGAUACAAGAUAUUGAGCAACAGUUAGGAUCUCUCAUUCUGGCCACGGAUAUUAGCCGACAAAAUGAGUUUCUUACAAGAAUGAAAACUCAUUUGGACAACAGAGAUUUAUCAUUGGAAGAUGCAGAUCAUAAACACUUCAUACUUCAGAUUCUCCAGCAUCUGCAGUUCCUACUACCCCAGAGAAGACACGAAUCCCUUUUUUGUGAAACCAGAUGAACUGAAAUACAAAGGAUCACACCCAUCAUGCCCUCUCCACUCUAUGCUGCCUGAAAUGGAUGUUUUACGUGGUUUUGCAGAGCUACUGCAAGUUAUUGCAAAGACCUAAGAAAAAUUAUACAGCAGUCAAGAAUGACCAGCCAUGUAAGUUUCUUACUACAGGUGUACAUAAUCUGAUAUGAAUGAAGCAAAUGAUUUGAGACUUUUCUUUAAAGUACGAAUUUAUUUCCUGGGUUUAGAUCGGUUUGUAAUUAACAACCUAUAUCUGUGGAGCCAGAUAUGCUGCAAUUUAGAAGAAUAUUACAUGGGUAACAUUGUGACAUUUUGGUUUGUUUAAGAAA